AUGGCCGAAUCCGUUAGUUAUAACGUCGAGCCAUCUAACAAAAAGUCUGCCGUGCUCGAUACAAAACUAGUGGGUGAUGAUGGUCUCCGUCGUGCGGAUGGAAUCUCAGGUUUAUAUGAAGGAAAUGUCUUCGAGACAACGCCUGAGGACCGUCGUGAAAUCGGCAUCUUCAGUGCCUCGCUUCUCAUCUUCAACCGUGUGAUUGGCACAGGUAUCUUCGCCACACCGAGUACCAUCCUUGCCUUGACUGGCAGUGUCGGUUUGUCAUUGUUCAUGUGGGUGGCCGGCACUGUCAUUGCUCUGGCUGGCACGGCUGUCUACCUCGAAUGGGGUACUGCGAUCCCUAAGAACGGAGGAGAAAAAAACUACCUCGAAUAUGUCUUCAAGAAGCCCAAGUUCUUGGCCACUGCCAUGUUUGCGGCUUAUGCUGUCUUACUCGGUUGGGCAGCAAGUAACAGUGUUGUCUUUGGUCAAUAUAUUCUCAAUGCAGCAGAGAUUGAAGUCGGACGAUGGAACCAGCGUGGAAUCGGCAUGGCCUGUCUCACUGCCGCCUUCCUGAUCCACUCCGUUGCCGUGAAAUGGGGUAUCCGUCUUCAGAACGCGCUUGGUGUUAUCAAGCUGGUCAUCAUCGUGUUCAUCAUUGUUGCUGGUUGGGUUGCACUGGGUGGCCAUACGAAGGCCGAGACGCCGGAUAACUUCUCCAAUGCCUUCGAGGGUACUCUGGGCAGUGGAUAUGGCAUCGUCAUGGCGCUGUACAACGUUAUCUGGUCUUUCAUUGGCUACUCGAAUGCCAACUAUGCCUUGAGCGAGACAAAGAAUCCUGUCCGCACAUUGAAGAUUGCAGCCCCCGUUGCUAUCGUAUCUGUUUCUAUUUUGUACAUGCUUGUCAACGUCGCCUAUUUCGCUGCGGUGUCGAAGAAAGAAAUGCUUGAGUCGGGAAGUAUCGUGGCCGCCGUGUUCUUCAGAAACAUGUUUGGCAAACGAGCCGAGAAAGUCAUGUCGGUCUUUGUGGCUCUCUCUGCAUUCGGCAACGUGCUAUCCGUCAUCUUCUCCCAAGGUCGAAUUGUUCAAGAGCUCGGCCGUGAAGGCGUCUUGCCCUUCUCCAAGGUCUGGGCUAGCAACUGGCCUUUCCACUCCCCAGCAGCUGGUCUGCUUGAGCACUAUCUCGUCUCAGUUGUGAUCAUGCUUGCUCCUCCUCCUGGUGAUGCAUACAACUUCCUCGUCAAUCUCAUCUCUUACCCUCUGUCGAUUGUCAAUUUCUUCGUAUCCGCUGGGCUCGUUUACAUCUACCUCACCAAGGACAAGAAUUUCCCGGACUGGUCUCCUGGAAUCCGCGCUACUCUCCCGGUCACAAUCUUCUUCAUGCUGUCGAACCUUUACCUCGCGAUUGCGCCGUAUGUGCCCCCGAGCGACGGUCAGAGCGUUUACGAGGAGCUGCCGUACUACCUGCACUGUGUGGUAGCUCUGGCACUCUUUGCAGCAGGAGCCAUCUACUACGUUGUCUGGGCAGUGUUGUUACCCCGGAUUGGCGGGUAUGUCCUUGUCAAGGAGUCUGUCGUGGAUGCCGAUGGAUGGUCUCGCAGUGUUUUCACGCGGAUGCCAACGGCCGAGGCAGAGCACUCUUAA